AAAAAUAAUAAAACUUGUUACUGUUUACCAAACUCCGCCAUAUUGGCAAAGGUAAAAGAUCAAUGUAAUCGCAAAGGCAGUUGGGAAUUUGAUGACUAGACAAGUUUGUUAAAGCUAGUUAACAUCCGACUGAGGUAAGCCGGAGGGAAAAAAAUCAGCGCGAAAACCGUUCAGAAGAGGAAGGCAGAGUGUCGUUUACUCCUCCCCGUUAAUCCUGAACAAUCUUUCAUCGUUAUGGCAGAUCCGAAGAAGACCUCUGAGGAACAUGACACUUCCACAGAAAAUUUAGAUGACAGCAACCAUGACCCACAUUUCGAGCCUAUUGUGUCUUUACCAGAGCAAGAGAUUAAAACUCUAGAAGAAGAUGAAGAAGAACUUUUCAAGAUGCGUGCAAAGUUAUUUAGAUUUGCAUCAGAAAAUGAUCCACCAGAAUGGAAAGAACGAGGGACUGGUGACGUUAAACUCCUAAGGCAUAAAGAGAGGGGAACAAUCCGGUUGUUGAUGCGAAGAGACAAGACGCUGAAAAUAUGUGCAAAUCACUACAUAACUCCUCUAAUGGAACUGAAACCAAAUGCAGGCAGUGACAGAGCCUGGGUAUGGAAUGCACCUGCUGACUUCGCAGAUGAGGAACCAAAACCAGAACUUCUAGCCAUCAGAUUCCUAAAUGCUGAAAGUAAGGCUGCGCUAACAAACUACUGUGGUAGUCUAGCUGCAGAGAGGCUAUUGAAAUUUACACGUGCAAAUAGUGUAACAGGAACUGUUCCAAAAGAUUUGGUACUUGCCAAAUUAUUUAAUAGCGGUACUCAUUUGUCAUUUUGUUUUCUUCUAGGUACAAAUAUUAAUGCUGAGAAAAUUACUGAAAAGUUAGAAGCCCUUUCAGUGAAAGAGAACAAAGGGGAGAAGGAAGAGAAAAAGGAAGAGAGCACAGUUUCUGAGAAUAAGGAGUCUGAGAAAAGUGAAGAGAAAUAAAUUUACUUUUAGGGCAUGUGUUCUCUUGUGUAUACCUUUUUUAUUUACAGUGGACUUCAAAGCAAAAACUGGAUUUGGAUAUCAGGUCCUUUUUUCUAAACUUUUCACUCGGAGAUCUGCAGAAAAAUUCCACUCCCAUGGUCUUGAACGUGUACUGUGUUGUAAAGAAAAUAGAAUUUAAAUUGUCUGCGUGAACAGAACCAUUGUUUGCAGUCAGAAAAAAAAAAGAUGUGCAGAACAGCAGAAGAGGGAGGGAUAAUGCCAUAUAAAUUGUACAUUGAAUAGGCUUGUAAUAGCAGUUACCAACAGUGGUAUGUAUUUCCACAUGUACAUCAGACCCGCCCUCGGAGCCUUUGGGAAUCUGUUUUUGAGUAGUAGUAUUUACACCAGCAUUAUGCAGGGUGUUCGCAGUUGAUGCGAGUUGGCUCAUUGAGAGCUUUUUUUGGGACAGGACAUUCAAGUACUUUGAAAGAAUGGCUAGGCUUGAAAGAACAAAUGGGGACUUAUAGUUCUGGUCUCCAGUUUGUAGGAUUUUUGUUUUCUUGGACAUAAUUAUCCUAUUGUUUUGCUGGGCGGAGAUUAAAAAUUAAAAGUGCAGAAAAAGGCAGCUGGAA